AUGGCAACCCAAACAAGCGGCCGCUGCCUCUGCGGAAAAGUCCAAGUCACCGUAUCUGACAAACCUCUCACAUCAUUCUCAACCCUCUGCUGCAACUGCACAAACUGCAAACGCCGCUCUGGCGGCAUAGCCUCCUACGCCUUCAUCGUACCUAAACAACACGUCUCCAUCUCCGGCUCAACACACAAAUCAUACUCGGACCCAGAUACUGGAAGCGGCAAACCUAUGACAAGGACACUGUGUACCGAGUGUGGUAGCCCGGUUUGUAUCAUUGAGGCUGCUAGUCCGGAUGAUAGAUGUUUGCAGUAUGGAUUGUUUGCUGGCGAGAUUGAGUUGCCAAAGCCCGAGAUUGAGUUCUUCGGUAAGGAUAGAGUUGUGUGGGUUCCUGAGAUGGGCAAGGAUGUGAAGGAGACGGCUUGA